AUGAGAAUACAUACUGGAGAAAAACCAUAUAAAUGUGAUCAGUGUAAGAAGCGAUUUAGCCAUAGAAGUAGUCUCAAAAUGCAUAUGAGAACUCAUAAUUCAUCAAAAGGAUACUAUUUCGAACAAUCAGGUCAAUCGUUCCACCAAGCACAUCAGAAAUAUUGUCUAAAGCGUUCAACUGACAGAUUAAAUGAAGUUUAUUCCAAAUUUGAAUGUGAAUCGUCGUUCAGUAAUCGUCAAAGUAGAAGUGUCGCUCCAAUUUCAACCAACAAUAACAACUCAAAUGCAAUUAUUAAAAUCAGCAAUGAUGAAGACUCAGAUGAAAGACCUAGCACCAGUUCGAACCCGCCCAGAGAGACUGCUUUUCAAAAUGUUGAUAGUGAGAUUAAAACCGAGGAUGAUCAUGAUGAAAGCGAUGAUCAAGCUUUUGUCGGGGAGAUACCCAAUGUGGAAAUAAAAGAAGAGGAUAUGGAAAGUGAUGAGAUUCCAAUAGUUCGUGUUCCGGCCAAUCAACUGACGCGUGCAUAUAAGAUAGAGUCAAACUGCUCUGAUCGUGUCAAAAUCGAAAGUGACGAAAAUCAUAACAAAGAAAACAUUGAAAAUGGAGCGAAGCGUGUACGAUCAAAUUCUGCGAAUAUUUUAGAUAAAAUUGGUGACAACAACGAGACAAAUGUAUGUGAACCAUACGGGAAGAAAUCACGAGUGUCCAAGGGAAGGGUUGAUCCGAAAGAUGCAAGUCGCGCAAUCAGUGAUGAAAAUAAUGAAAAUGCGACGAACGCAGUGAACAUUUCCGAAUCUGUUGUUGAAGUGAAUGUAGCUGGAAAUGUGAUUAGUGGUCAGUCGACACUUGAUAAGUGGUUUUCUCAAAAAAAUAAAUGUAAUGGAAACAAAGAGAAAUCCAAUAGAGGAUUCGCUGGUCAAACAAAGAAAAAGAAAAUGGAUGUUCAGAGAUCCCACAAAAAAUUAGAAACAAACUCGAAUAUAUCUAGUAAUAGGAGAAUUCACACUGGAGAAAAACCACAUCAAUGUGAUCAGUGGUGUCAUCGUGGAUUUUCACAAAAUAUUGAAAAAGAAGCACAUGAAAGAGGUUGUGAACGACGUCGAUAUGAGUGCUACCUUUGCAACAGAGAUGAAAAUAAGAAGAAGUUUGUUACUCUUGCAAAGAAUGCACUAGAAACGCAUAUGAAAAUACAUACUGGAGCGAAACCGUAUAAAUGUGAUCAAUGUAAGAAGCAAUUUAAUCAAAGUGGAUAUCUCACUAUGCAUAUUCGAACUCACACUGGAGUAAAACCAUAUCAAUGUGAUCAAUGUAAGAAACGAUUUAGUCGUAAGAGUCAUCUCACUGGGCAUAUUCGAAGUCACACUGGAGAAAAACCAUAUAAAUGUGAUCUGUGUAAGAAGCGAUUUAGUCAAAAGGGUAGUCUCACUAAGCAUAUGAGAACUCAUACCAGAGAAAAACCAUAUAAAUAUGAUCAGUGUAAGUAGCGAUUUGGUAAUAAGAGUGAUCUCUCUAGGCAUAUUAAGACUCAUAAUUUGUUAUAA